AAUCUGAAUACUGCUGUUAUAAAAAGAAGAGAAGUUAUCAUCAUGAGUAACCAAGAAAACUUGGAGAUGGCCCACAGGCAACAUGUAAAAUAUUUCAUGCGGUUCCUAGAUAUCUUGCCUUCAUCAUUGUCUUCACAUGAUACAACUAGAGUAACAAUAGCAUAUUUCUCAGUAGCCGGGCUGGAUGUGCUCGGCGCCAUUACCUCUAUAUCUGUAGAGCUGAGGUCCCGGAUUAUAGAAUGGCUGUAUCAUCUGCAAGUGUAUCCAAAUAAAGAGACUGGGGACAUGUCUAUGUGCGGCUUCCAGGGGUCGUCAACCAUCAACAUAGAUCUGCAUCCCGAAAACGCGCAUUAUCGCUGCGGACACCUCGCCAUGACUUACACAGCGCUAAGCACUCUCGUCACAUUAGGUGAUGACCUUAGUAGGGUCAACCGGAAGGCGUUAGUAGAAGGUGUAAAGGCGCUUCAGACAGAAGAGGGCAACUUCGCAGCGACGCUGUCGGGUUGUGAGUCCGAUAUGCGGUUCGUGUACUGUGCGGCGUGUAUCAGCUACAUACUGAACGACUGGUCUGGCUUCGACAAGGAGAAGGCUGCCGACUAUAUUAUUAAAUCAAUAGGCUACGACUACGGCAUCGCGCAGUGCCCCGAGCUAGAGUCACACGGCGGCACCACGUACUGCGCGCUCGCCACGCUUCACCUCACCGAUCAACUGCACAAGCUCUCCAACCAACAGGUCGAGGGCCUCAAGCGCUGGCUGGUCUUCCGACAAAUCGACGGCUUCCAAGGCCGCCCCAACAAACCUGUCGACACAUGCUACAGCUUCUGGGUAGGUGCUUCCCUAAAAAUCCUCAAAACCCUAAAAUACACUAAUUACGCGAGCAACAGAGGAUACGUCUACGAAACGCAAGAUUUAGUCGUCGGUGGCUUCUCAAAAUGGCCGGACACUUGCACAGAUCCGAUGCACACUUAUUUAGGGUUAGCGGGACUUAGUUUGAUAGGAGAGAAGGGGCUGUUGAAGAUUGUGCCGAAUUUAAAUAUUACUAAGAGAGCGUUUGAGCAUUUGAAGAGUUUACACGAGCAGUGGGCUAAGGAGUCAUAGUGAUGGCAGGGUUUGUUAGGCGUAGUAUACAUGAAAUCGCGUGUAAACUUCGAGCGAUUUGCACAGAAGACUCUGAUGCUUACGAUACGGACAUCUUACCUUUAUAAUACUUUUCAUAUGGCCUGGGCCGAUGACAGUGUUUAUCUCCAUACAAUUUAUUACCUUGAAACACUAAACAAGAAAAUAAUUAUAAAAUAGCUAUCACUGAAUUCAAGGUUUGUGAAAAAGUUAAAAAUCAAACGAUAGGCAAAAGCUACGAAGCGCGAUUUUACGUAUACUACCUUUAGUACCUUGUUAUCUUGUUAAAAUCUGGUUAGAAGAUGUAAGAUGUUUCAUAAUUUUAAUAAAUAUAUGAAUUAUGUGGAGCUGGCACGAAUAAAUCUGAAUUUACAUAUGGGUCUGUAUAUGGUCUGAGCACACCGGCUACGCAAGUGCCUGAUAAUGUUGACCCGCAAACGCACUCGUUACGCAAGCGGUGUGUCAUCUUUCAUAACAAUUUGUAUAAUUCAACACACAUGUGCGCGCAUCUGGUGUACCGGCCUUUAGAUGAUUUGUUUUGGUUCGUGACAUAUCUUUAGAUCUUAUUUUUAUGAAUCCUUUACAUAUUUUAACUAAUUUUCAAUUAAGUUAGUGUGCACGGGAAAACGUCCCAGUUUGUCGAUUGCUAUAAAGCCGCUUUGUCAAUUUAUUCAUAUAAAGAUACAAGUAAAUCUCGCCUUAAUGGUAACCGACAAAGUGGGACGUUUUACUAAACACACUCACUAUAAGUGAAUUUUAAUGUUCAAUGUUCCUGUAUGAAAUGCGUUUUUAUUUAAAUUAUGGAUAAGUACUUAAAGGUCGAUGCAUACGUUACGUGAAUCCACAGUGAUGCUCUUAAGCAAAAGGUGCCACAUUAUUGGUACACUAGGUACAGUCAAGUGCAAAAAUACGUAUCGAAAUAAUCGUCUCAUAAAUAUGGUACUACACUCUUAUUACAUCGGACUAAGAUGCUAUAGGACAUAUUUUUGAGUAAGAUGUGUACAUCCAUAUUUUUACACUUGACUGUACCAGUUUCUUAGAGAAUUCUUAUAUUUAUACUAUCACGUGUGUUAGAUGGCUCAAUUUGUCACAUUGUAGAAAUUUCUUGUAACUAGUAUAAAAUUGAUAUUCGUUUAAUUUCAAUGACCUAAAAUCAGUAUUUCAGUUAUAACACUUCUUUCCCUAUAUUGAAAAGUAAAAAAUCACGGAUUGUAUGCAGCGACCUUAAAGAGUUCACAGCUAGGUCGGUUCUCCAUACAGACGUAUUUACGCUCUUAUUUUAGUUAAAAUGGUAAUAAUAAUAGUAAAAAAAUACAAUGAAUUUAACAUUAUCCAAACUUGUUUUCGCUCUAUUUAGUUUGUUUUGUAUGCUGGAGCAAUAUAAACUUAUUUCAGCCCGGGAUAUGUCUAGAGUUUCAGCAUGUGCUAUAUGAAGUAUACUUAUACUUUGUCACACAAUUACAAUUCGAUUGCCCUUACAAUUCAACAUUCGGUUAUAAAAUUAGAAAGAAACUUUUGUAUGGGAAGGUGAAAUCCGGCUGAGCUUGCCGGGGACUCUUAAGGCGCCCCCUGACUAUCAAUCCACCGGACGGUCACGAGUCACUUCUUCGACGCUGUCACUUACUUCUAACUGACUUGUCGCCGUCCGGUGGUUUGAUCGUCAGUCCUACAGAUAGGUGUUGCAUUCUGCCUCAACAAUCAGUAACAACAACGAUUAUUAUAGUAUAGCACUUAAAGCACUUUGGGUACAAUGUAUGUUUAUGUCCUGUGCCA